UCCAGAUGGAUGUGUUGAUGUAUUGCUAGAAGAGUGAAGAAGAGAGGAGUGAAAUCUUCAUGUCAGAGACAUGGACAAACUCAUUCAUCUGAUCUUACUCUCUGGUCUUGUUUCCAUUCCGAGUAGUUUAGAAGAGAAUCUAGCGUUGAAAGGAACAGCUACACAAUCAUCCACACAUUACACCUGGGCAGCUCAGAAUGCCAUAGACGGUCUAAGAUACGGAGCAGGUUCAGCGGCAUACUGCUGCAUUACAGGAUAUGAAAGUAACCCAUGGUGGAGGCUGGAUCUGCUGCAAAAUUAUGAGAUCAGUACAGUCAUCAUCACUGCUAGAUCAGACUGCUGUUUGGAUCAAACCAACGGAGCAGAGAUCCGUAUUGGAAACUCACUGGAAAACAAUGGAAACAACAAUCCCAGAUGUGCUGUAACUUCUGGUUUUCUAGCUCGUCGUACUAUCACUUACUCGUGUGGUGUAAUGGAGGGACGUUAUGUGAAUGUGAUCCUGUAUGGACGUACAUCUCAUCUCUCUUUGUGUGAGGUGGAGGUCUAUGGAACAGAGAACGUGGCAUUGAAAGGAACAGCUUUGCAGUCAUCCACAUAUAACACCUUUGGAGCUAAGAAUGGCUUGGAUGGUGUAAGAUACGGAGCAGGUGAAGCGGCGUACUGCUGCAUUACAGGAUAUCAAAGUAACCCAUGGUGGAGGCUGGAUCUCCUGUAUAAUUAUGAGAUCAGUACAGUGAUCAUCACCGCUAGAUCAGACUGCUGUUUGGAUCAAACCAACGGAGCAGAGAUCCGUAUUGGAAACUCCCUGGAAAACAACGGAAACAACAAUCCCAGAUGUGCUGUGACUUCUGGUUUUCUAGCUGCUCACACCAUCACUUACUCGUGUCAUGGGAUGGAGGGACGUUAUGUGAAUGUGGUCAUAGCUGGACGUGCAUCUUAUCUUUCUCUGUGUGAGGUGGAGGUCUAUGGAAAACGUCAUAGAAAAACAUUCUUUCUGAGGCUGAAGUUUUCCUCCAGUGUUGAUGGAGCUGCUGAGAGCAACAGCAUCCUCCAUCAGCUGCAGUCUGCUCUGGCAUCACACAUCUCUGAUUUUAAUCUGUCCUGGACACAACUACCUGAGAAAGAAGAAGAACCGGAGGAGGACGGGGGCAGGUUCUUGUGUUAAAAGGACUGCCUGGGAUAUACUGAAGAUUGAUUUACAGUUAUUGUUCCAAACGUUAUCACUCCCGUGUGUUUCAUUAAUGUUUCAGAUUUUCAUUUGACUCAAAUAUGUCAUCUAAAAGAGUGUGUGGAUAGCCUCUUUAAUUCACUUUCAUUUUAACUGUUAACAAUAUUAUGAUUUUGAAUUUGUACAAUGUUUAGGCUUAUAUUUGUAUCACAGAUUAACACUUGAGACCAUUUUACCUUAAUACUUAAUACCUUUAAGUAUUUAAUAUGUUAUACUGUAUGUAAACUAAAUAAGUGAUGUCAAUUUGAUGAACAUUGUGUAAUUGUGUGUAAAACUGAAAUCUGUUGUGUAAUUUUAAAUUCUAAAUUCCGUUUUAUUCGGAGGCAUUGGUACGCUGUCAGAUUUUCCAACCGCAGGGCAAAACUUCAUAUAAUCUAAACCACAUCGACAAAAUAAACAGGUAGGAUGAUUUUAAUAUGCAAAAUACCCUGUCAGAUAGUCCUACAUGCUUAAAAUAAACACAUUAAAACGUUUACAGCGUAAAUACCCUAUCGGAUUGUCCUACAAUAUAUAAUAAACAGGGUAUUUUGCACUGUAAAUUAACUAACCAAUCAAAUUGUCCUAUCAGUAAUAAAUAAAUAUGUAGAAGGAUUUAACAACGAAAAUACCAGAUUGUCGUAGCAGUAUAUAAUUAACAGGUAGGAUGACGUAAUAUUGAUGUGUGCAUGCCUGGUAGAACAAUCCGACGGGUAGGAUGACAUUUCAGCACAUCAGGGCUGCGUUCAGUCCGACAAAACGUUGCACAACUUUUUUUAAACGGUAACGUGGUGCGGUUGAACACCCUGUUGUGAUGACGCAAGAGUUGAACUAUGGCAGCUGAGAAGGUCAUUCUUUGAGUUCUUUUUGAAGAAUUUUCGGAGCCUGAUGAAAUCGGUAUAAAUACGUGUUGAAUACUGCAAAAUACAUCUCUUCUAAUAUCUUUAAUUGUUGCGUAUACACAUUUAUAAACGACUUUACUUGGACCUAUUGUGCGAGCUGUCUCUUUAAUACCGCGUGGGUUAUAUACAUGUUGCUGCUGAUUGGACCGACAUUCUUGAGAUUCCCACCUAGUCUCGCACCUAGGAACUUAUCGCUGCUUUCUUUGGCCUAGGCCCGCCCAAGAGGCCAUAUGACUGACACGUAAAGCAACCAAUCAUGUUUGGUUUUGUGCCUCGUCAUGUUUAGAGGCGUGGAAAUGUCCCUGCAGUAACAGAUGGUGUACAUUCACAAACAUGUCAAAAGUUAACAGCAACCAUGUGAUUAUAAGUUUAUGCCGUGAACCUCGCAUACUUUUAAGAAUGAAGCGUUUAGUCGAUUGUGAUGAAUUCUUAUAGAAACCUUUGUAAACACGACAGCUUACUUCUUAGAUCAGACGGCUUUGUGUUGUAUCCAGGCAGAUCGUUAAAGAACACGACACGCACGUCUCCUGGAAAUCCUGUGAAAUUCAACCAAUCAGAUGACGACUUCGAACGUGCUGAAGUGUUUCCAGAAAAGUGUGCCUUGUGCAUCAGACGUUUAGCCAACGGUCCGUGGGCAUGACGUCUGAGGCUGAGACUACACCCAUCAAACGAGAAAACGUAUCUCAAACCCUCUUGCACACCGUUGCACACCGUUUCCAGGAAAUGUGUCGUUCAACCCGGAAACGGUAGUAAAACGUUGCGCACCGGUUUGAGCUUGAACAUGCCCCUGUUCUUUGCCACUCCGAGUCAAAGCGUCAUUGUAUGGGUGAUUAAUAGUAAUAACAUCACACUAAACGCUUAUGCUAUGUCCCAGACAACUGGGAUUUCGGAUAUUCCCACCUCAAACCCAGAAAUAAUGUCUGGAACGGCACUCAAGUCAGACAUGGAACCUCUGAACUCUCAGAUCGAACAACCCUGACCUCAGGGAGACGCGUCAUUUUAAGUCACGCCCAAGAUGCUUCCAGUCAGUGAGAUUAGCACUGACCUACCCAAUUUCAAAAGGUUGGCCAAUCAAACAGGGUUUGCGUAAUUCCAGCCAAUCAAAUUACAGAGGGCAUGUAGCAUUUCAGCCAAUCAAAUUGAAGAAGACAAUACAAUACAGAUGGCUGUAUAGUGAGAUGUGAGAAGGCAAUAACAAAGCCAACGGUUUUACAACAACAAUGACGAAUGGUAAGAUUCAGAGAUGCAAACUACUUAGCCAUUGCGAAUUCUGCGGUUUUAAAUGAAAACUCGGUUUGUCACAUAAUGUAAGGCUUAACGUACUGUAUAUUCAACCUAACAUGCCUAAAAACACAACAGAUAAGUUUAUAGCAUCUGGCAUAAGAUAUGACUGUGUGUAUAUGAUGGAUUUACUUAACAGAGAAAUUCAAUAGACUGUAGAACUAUUAUCCCAGGUAAUGAAAUUACUGAAAUUAUGAUUUUGGGGUAAAAAUGGUGUAUUUAAUAUUAUUAAAUCAGAAGUAUAUGUUGUACCAGCAAUAUGUACACAGACUGUUUAUUCUUGUAGAUAUUUAAAAUGUAAUAAUAAUUUGCAUAUAUGUCAACAAGCCCAAGAGAGUACAGGAAUGUUUUCUUCCCCACUUUA